AUGGGAAAGAGAUGCAAAGACGGAAUGUUUCUGACUGGUCUCAGAUCCGGGUUUCAUUCGGUAUAUAAAGAAAAUCGGAACCCUCACCCGUUUUGGGCAAUGGAUCCCACUCGAGCUUUUGUGAAGAGUGUCAAGCGCGUCGUGGUUAAGGUUGGAACUGCCGUGGUUACUCGCAGCGAUGGCAGAUUAGCAUUAGGAAGACUUGGAGCUCUAUGCGAACAGCUUAAAGAGCUGAAUGUUAAGGAUUAUGAGGUUAUAUUGGUGACUUCAGGCGCAGUUGGUCUUGGCCGACAAAGACUAAGAUAUCGCAGAUUGGUUAAUAGCAGCUUUUCGGAUCUUCAAAAUCCACAAGGAGAUCUUGAUGGGAAAGCAUGUGCAGCGGUUGGGCAGAGCAGUCUCAUGGCUCUCUACGAUAUCAUGUUUAGUCAGCUUGAUGUAACUUCGUCCCAACUUCUUGUGAAUGAUGGGUUUUUUAGGGAUACAGCUUUCAGAAAACAAUUGUCAGACACUGUGAACUCAUUAUUAGAUUUAAGGGUUAUCCCCAUUUUCAACGAAAAUGAUGCAGUUAGUACUAGGAAGGCACCCUAUGAGGGCAAGAACUGUCUGCAGGAUUCUUCUGGUAUCUUCUGGGACAAUGACAGUUUGGCGGGUCUUUUGGCUCUAGAACUGAAAGCUGACCUCCUUGUUCUAUUGAGUGAUGUUGAGGGUCUUUAUAGUGGCCCUCCAUCUGAUCCAAAGUCAAAGUUAAUUCACACGUAUGUAAAAGAAAAGCAUCAAACUGAAAUUACUUUUGGAGAAAAGUCAAGAUAUGGAAGAGGGGGUAUGACUGCCAAAGUUAACGCGGCUGUUUGUGCUGCUUUUGCGGGCACACCUGUGAUUAUUACUAGGUACCUUCCAUUUUACAGAUAUAUGAAAAUGUUGACUGUAUAUGAAAAUAUUGGCGCAAAAACUAAUUACUCUUCAGUUCUCUAUAGAUCCAACAUUCGCAGAGAGACUUGUGGCUUUGCUACGGAUAACAUCAUAAGAGUUCUUCGCGGAGAAAGAAUUGGUACAGUCUUCCACAAAGAUGCUCAUUUUUGGACCAGUAUAAAGGAAGUGAGUGCUCAUGAAAUGGCAGUUGCAGCACGUGAUAGUUCUAGACGACUUCAGGUCCUAAAUUCUGAAGACAGGCGCAAAAUAUUGCUGGCAAUAGCAGAUGCAUUAGAGAAAAAUGAGAGUACGAUAAGGCUUGAGAAUGGAGCUGAUGUUGCUGAUGCAGAGGAGAUCGGAUAUGAGAAAUCACUCAUAUCACGUUUAACCCUUAGACCUGAGAAGAUCUGUAGUCUUGUAAAGUCUGUUCGCAUGCUGGCUGAUAUGGAAGAACCCGUUGGUCAGAUUUUGAAGAGAACUGAGCUAGCAGACAAACUCGUCCUGGAAAAAAUAUCAUGUCCUUUGGGUGUCCUCCUGGUUAUAUUUGAAUCUCGACCAGAUGCCCUUGUUCAGAUAGCUGCAUUGGCCAUUCGAAGUGGAAAUGGUUUACUGCUUAAAGGAGGAAAAGAAGCCAAACGAUCAAAUGCAAUCUUACACAAGGUUAUUACUUCAGCUAUUCCAGAUAGAGUUGGUGACACACUCAUUGGGCUUGUGACUUCAAGAGAAGAUAUUCCAGAUCUGCUCAAGGCAAGUAAAAGUCCUAAAAUUUAUUUCCUUGAUGACGUGAUAGAUCUAGUGGUCCCUAGAGGCAGUAAUAAGCUUGUCUCUCAAAUCAAGGAUGCGACAAAGAUUCCAGUUCUUGGCCAUGCUGAUGGAAUAUGUCAUGUAUACGUAGACAAAUCAGCUAAUAUGGAUAUGGCAAAGAAGAUUAUUAGGGAUGCGAAAACUGAUUACCCUGCGGCUUGCAAUGCAAUGGAAACCCUUCUUGUACACGUAGAUCUAUCAAGGAAUGGUGGGCUUGUUGAACUUGUUGCUGAACUCCGACGCGAAGGCGUUCAAUUAUAUGGUGGACCAAGAGCCAGUGUCUUGUUAAAUAUUUCUGAAACACGCUCAUUCCAUCUGGAGUAUAGUUCACUGGCUUGUACAAUUGAAAUUGUAGAUGAUGUAUUUGCUGCCAUUAGCCACAUACAUCAACAUGGAAGUUCACAUACUGAAUGCAUUGUUGCAGAAGACCCUGAAGUUGUUAAAGCUUUCUUAACUCAGGUUGACAGUGCUGCUGUAUUCCACAAUGCAAGUACAAGGUUUUGUGAUGGAGCUCGCUUUGGCCUUGGUGCAGAGGUUGGAAUAAGCACAAGUCGUAUUCAUGCCAGAGGUCCUGUCGGAGUUGAAGGGUUGUUAACAAAUAGAUGGAUAUUGAGAGGGAGCGGGCAUGUGGUAAAUGGUGAUCGAGGGAUCACCUAUACGCACAAGGAUCUACAGAUAAAAGCAUAA